AUGAUUGAAAAGGGUGGAAAACAUAGAGUUUCUAAGAAGGGUAAGAAGAUAUCAUGUAGCUUGUGCAAAGUGGAAGGACAUAACAAGAAGACAUUCCCAACUCUUGAUAGGCCAACACCAAGGAAGUUACCAACUAGGGUUAACAUGACUAAGACUAAAAAGACUCAAAAUAUGGAGAAAAGGACUGUAGAAGUGGCAAGUAGAAGUGCGACAGGAAUGGAAGGUGGGGAUACACAAGGUAGUAUGGUUAAGAGGACUAAGACAACAAAGGGUGAAAAUAUGAAGAAAAGGAUUGUAGAAGUAGCAAGUAGAAGAAGGACAAGAAUGGAAGGUGGGGAUAUACAAGGUAUUAGGGAGAGUGAGACUACACAAGUGACAAGGGAGAGGAGUAAUGUUUUACUUACCCAGGUUAAGAGGAGGAAAAAGAGUGAAAGAAUCAUCAAGAAAAAAUUGGCGACCCAAGUUAUAAGAAAGAAUUUAGAGGGGAAAACUUCAGAAAAACCUGUAAACUUAAAGUAG